CAUUCAUGAAGAUUGCCUUCCUUGAGGAGCAGCAACGGCCAUAAAUCACGGUUUCCGUUUAGGAUUCUAUUCUCACCAGCGGUACUCUUUGCUUUCAGCCAGAAUCACCAUCUCUUUUUUUGGGUGAUUUUUCUGGCCAUCACAGGCUUGCUAAAAACAGUCCUGCAGGCCUCUACACAAGCUCCAACUUCCCUGUUUCCCGAUUCCAUCAUUGGUUUCCCCAGUUGCAGGUCUUACCCCUGACGGUUGUCAACACCAUGGCUUCAUCCCGGCUCCCCGCAUUUGCGCUCUUCCCCAUAUCAGCAUGGCGGGAUCAACUCCCUCCUAGCGAGUGGGUCGCUUGUCUCAACGCUUGGCUAGCUCUUAUCGACAGCCAUCUUUCACUCUCCGACUCGGAUUUCGGCACCACCUCAGUCAAAGAUGAGAGCCUUCAGGCUUUCCUCACUUCGUUCACUCGAGAAGUUUCACUGGGCGGUGUGACCACUCUCGGUUCAUCUUCUUCAGCAAAGAAGCUCCUGAAAGACAGCUUCAGACUCGCUACCAGGCUCCUUCAGUCAUCGUCGCCGCCAAGUGGACUGGCGCAGUGGGAGUUUCUCGCCGACUUGAGCCAUGUUUACGGCAAGAAGAAGGUCGAGCCACUAUCCGAGAGCCUGUCAGCAACGGCAAAGGGACAUCUAGACGCUUCUCUUGCCGCGCUCAAAAAGUUUCUCAUCAAAAACCUUGAUGCUGGCCUCGAUGGAGGGGAUCUCAAGGGCAUCGAGGAGCGGUUGGAGCGGGUAAAUGACCUGAUUCGCAUAUCUCCUUCCGUCGCCGAGUUCUUUCUUGCGGGCAGCGACUUUGUAGACGCCCUCAUCAGCUGCUACAAAAUCACCAACCCUCCGUUGAGGCGAGCAUUAAUUGCAACAACGUAUCUGUGCCUCACCGGUCUCGCAGAGGGGCAAAAGAUGUCAGCCCUGACGGACCAGCUUUACUCUCUCAAGGCAGCGGCAGACUCGCACAAAGCCGGCCCCCUCAACGUCAACGACUCGCUUGUUGCCGAGCUCGUCACAUCCACCCCCUUGCUCCAACGGCUACAGCGCAAGCUAGAGGAGACAGCCACCGCCUCCAACAGGGCCAAGUCGGUGCUGACCGACCUGGCGACCUUCAAGAAGCCCGGGGGCAGCAUGUCAAAGCCCAAGCGCCUCAUCAGGCGCAAGGUCGACAAAGGCAAGGGCCUAGCCGAGUUUGACGAAGCCCAAGCCCAACAAGAAAUCCACAUCCACCGCAUGAGCCAGAUUUCCCAGGUGCAAGACCUCUUCCCAGACCUCGGCACAGGCUUCGUCGCCAAGCUGCUCGACGAGUACUCCUCCAACCCCGAAGAAGUGAUCUCCCACCUCCUCGACGACUCGCUCCCACCCCAUCUCCAAACCGCCAACCGCGCCGAAGAACUCACCCUCCCAACCUCAACCACAACCACAACAACCACAACCACCCUCCCACACCACCACCCCCAACCCCGCCGAACCUCCCUCCUCCCCCGCCCCACCCCCCCUCUCACCCCAAACCCCAACCCCGAAGACUCAGAAGACGAUUUCCCCCUCCUCCCCACGUCCACUAACCGCAUACAAAUGCACAUCGGCAAGCGGCCCGGCACGACCGACGCCCUCCUCGCCCACGGCGCGACGGCGACCCGCAAAUCUGCCAUCCUCUCGGCGCUCGCCGCGUUCGACUCCGACGACGACGAGCGUGAUGAUACGUAUGAUGCGGCUGAUGUUGGGGGGACGGUGGAUACUACUACCGCUGCUGCUGCUGCUGAAGAGGGGUUGUCGGAGGCGGUGGAGGGGGUUCUGUUCAAGGCGUGGUUGGCUGCGGCGGCGGGUGGUGGUGGUGGUGGUGGUUCGGCGGUGGGUGUGUUUGGGCGGGAUGCGGCGGCGCGGCGGAGUGCGGAGCGGGCGAGGUUGAGGCUGGAGACGGGGCUGACGGAUGAGGCGGUGGAGGGGUGGGGGGUGAUGGUGGGGAGGGAUGCGGGGAUGAAGAGGCGGUUGAUGGCGAGGUAUGGGGAGUGGAGUGGGGAGCAGACGGAGCUGGGGAGCACGGCGUGGCGGGCUGGGGAGGAGGGUGAGGGGGAGGAAGGGGGGAGUGAUGGGACAGGUUUUGGUGGGAGGGGGAGAGGUGGUGGUGGUGCUGGUAGGGGACGCGGGAUGGGCAGAGGGAGGGGAGGGAGGGGUGGUGGUGCGCCGCCGCCGGCUCCGGACUCGGAGGUUGCGAGGCGGCGGAAGGAGGCGAAUAAGGGAAGCCGGGCGAACCAUAACCGGCGGGACCAGCGUGCGAGGAAGAUGGCGAGGGGCGGGUUUGCUGGGUAA